AUUCCUAAGCCACACACCCACCGGCAUGCGCACCUCCGCGUUCCCCACCCUUGUGCGCGUCAGUCGCGGACGGCAGCGAACAUAAAAACCCCCGCUAAGACCUGCCUCACCUUUGGAUGGGGAGUCCUCGAAUAUACAGAGCAGAUUACACCCAAUGACCCAUCGAAUUGCCCAGAUCGCAACGCAAGUAACGAAAACCAUGGCCGCCGACAACUCCAAUAUCCACCUCUACACGGCGCAGACCCCCAACGGCAUCAAGGUCUCCAUCUUGCUGGAGGAGCUUGGCCUCAAGUACGAGACGACAAACAUUGAAAUCAGCAAAAACACCCAGAAGGAGCCUUGGUUCCUGGAGAUCAACCCCAAUGGCCGCAUCCCGGCGCUGACUGACACUUUCACUGAUGGCAAGCCCAUCCGCGUCUUUGAGAGUGGCUCCAUCCUCCAAUACUUGGUGGAUCGCUAUGACACGGAACACAAGGUUUCCUACCCCAAGGAUUCGCGGGAGUACAUAGAGGUCAACAACUGGCUCCAUUGGCAAAUGGGCGGUCUUGGUCCCAUGCAGGGCCAGCUCAACCACUUUAAUCGUUACGCCCCAGAGAAGAUCCAGUAUGGCAUCAACCGCUACAAGGGCGAGGUCCGCCGCCUCUACCGCACCAUGGAGACGCAGCUACAGGCCAACAAGACUGGCUUCCUCGUCGGCGACCGGUGCACAAUUGCCGAUAUCUCUUGCUGGGGCUGGGUGGCUGCUUCGAAGUGGGCUGGUGUCGACAUCGAGGAGUACCCCACGCUGAAGAAAUGGCUGUUCGACCUCGUCAAGCGUCCCGGUUUCGAAAAGGGCCGCAAUGUGCCCUCAAAGCAUGGUGCGCUUGAGCAGUACAAGCUGACGGAAGAGGAGCUCGACGCAAAGGCGGCGGCCACGAGGAACUGGAUUCAGGCUGCGAUGAAGGAGGAGGCCAAGUGAGACGAGCAGCGUUCCAAACCGCGAGACCGGAAUCUGUGAUCUAGUCCGUCAAGAAUUGCCCAAUGCCUAUCCCAGUACUCUGGCGUCUUGGCACAUGCAGGCAUGAAUGGAGUUGAACGCGCAUAUGCAUAUGAAGGGCACUUACGGAAUCGUUGUACUGGUGUCUUGUGUUGAUUGAAGCGUCUGCCACUUUGACCGCUGCUGUUGACCAUCUGGCUCAAAAUCAAGAUUGAAUGACAACCAGAAGGAUAUUUCAAUCAAACCCAAGUAGAGGCCGAAGGGAGUCAUCUGGAACUGUAGCCUAGACGCUAGCCUUGGACGCCACCAG